GAGCGGCGAGCGGCGGCGGCGCGUCCUCUCCUCCCCUUGGCCCGGCGCGCGGUUGGUCGGGCCCGAUAAGAUGGCGUCGGGGCGCGGCUGCGUGUCCCCCGCUGUUCCAGCCCCGCGCCCGCCGUAGCCGGCGCCGGGAGGCAGCGGCGACCCCCGGAGCGCGAUGGGAGAGUGGGAGCGGGUGUUCCGGCAGCACCGGCCGCUCCCGCCGCACCCGCAGCGGGGCCGCGCCCGCCCCGCGCCCCGCUCUGCCGCCUUCCGCUGCGUCCUCAAGUACCUGCACGGCGCUGCCCUCGCCCAGGGAGCCGAGUACCAGCUGCGCCUGUCCCUGUUCGAUGCCACCUACCACCACUUCUUCGGGAGGACGUGGAGGAGCAGCUGGCAGGCUGCCCACGCUGCCCCACCACGCUCCUCCAGGGCGACCUUCAGCGAGACUGUUUACUUCCACACCUCCUUGAACCACCCUGGCAUCGUUGCUGUCGUGGAAGUGGUAGUGAAGGCCGAGAAAGGGGACGAGGGCUCUCAGCACCUUUCCUGUGGCUUUGGAAUCAUCCCCCUCUUCCGCGGCGGAUCUGAGGCGACAGACCCGGCCACUGAGGACAGAGCGCUGAAGCUGUACCAUGGCACACCGCGGGCCCUGCUGCACCCACACUUCCAGGACCCUACGGAAAAGAACAAAUACCUGAUGGUGAUGGAGAAGAGCCACCUGCAGUAUGCCCUGAAGCACCACCAGCCCCUGGAGACAAUAUUUCACCUCCUUCCCGAAAACCUGCUGGUAUCUGGGCUGCAGACGGUUCCUGGCUUGCUGCCAGCAUGUGGAGACACGGGUGACUGCUUCCAGAAGCCCCGGCUGAUGAAGGCGGUCACCUGCUACCUGGAGCAGUUGUCUGUCCGGCUGUACCCUUCCCUGGAGGAAUUUGAGGAGGAACUGCUGGACUUCCUGAACAGUGAUCGCUUACUUCAGGUAAGUAACGCCGUGCCCGACGGUGACCAGGUGUCCAUUCGGGAGCGGCGGCUGCACGUGGGUGUCCACAACGGCCUGCGCUUCGUGCGGGUGCCGCAGGUUGCGGUGCUGGUGCCAGAGACAGAGGUGGUGCCAGGCGGCUGCCGAGGGGCGUCCGGCUCCGGAGCCAGGGAUGCAGGUCAAGCCCUGGUGCUGAGGAGCCGCAUCCACCUGAGUGAAAUGGUCCCUCACCCGGCAUUCAGGGUGUGCUUCCAGCUGGAGUACGUCCUGAGCAGCACAGGGAGAGCCGGUGGGAAGGCCGUGCCCGGCGGUGCCCGCGGUGAGGGGGCCGACAUGCGCUCGGUGCGCUGGGCUGUCUGGAGCCCCGACCCGGGCACGGCUGACACCGAGGUGGUCCUGCCCCUGCGUGGGGGUGCCUGCCGUGGCCCCUGCCAAGCCUUGGUCUACAGGACGCCAGCAAGCAGCAGGAGCUCCCGGCAGGGGAAGCACGUGGAGUCUGGGACUGUCCAAUUCCAUGUUUCUACUGAUUCGGAAGAACAUCUUGUAACUGCUGCGGAGAUCCUGUGUAAAGACAGGGACGAGUCGGAGCAGCCUCCCACGCCAUCGCUGAGAGUGCCAGCCCCACGGCGAGUGUCGGGCUCCCCACGGGGACCAGGGCUGUCUGUGUCCCAGCUCAUGGCCUCACCACAGGGCAAGGACCAGACCCCGCUGCAGGAUGGGGGCAUCACCCACCUGGAGGCCGACCUUGGCUCUCCGGACACAGAGCCUGGUGCCAGUGACCAGCUGCGGGCGCUGCCCUUCACCCCCCUGCAGGUGCCCAUGGCCGCCGUGGGCUUGCAGGCAGGCAGUUCCUGUGUGUCACUGUCCCGUGCCUCCCUGGCUCGCCUGCAUGCUGCCGGCUUCCCGGAGAUCCUGGACCGCAACCAGGAGCCCGUGGAAAUCUCGGAGCCGGCGGAGCUGGGCAGUUUCAACCCGCGGCUGGAGGAAGCCGACCCUCUGCAAGGCAAUGAAAUAAUCCUGCAGUUCCUGGCUUUUGGCAGGGAUGCCCAGGGCAGCGUGGAGGGGCCGUGGCCGAGGACCAUCUUCCUCACCUUCCAGUUCUACCGUUUCCCACCGGUCACCACGCCACGACUGCAGCUGGUCAUCACAGAAGGGGGGUCGGUGACCGGGCUGACUGUGCCGGCACAGCUCCUUGUCCGGUUGAAUGAGGACGGGACGCUCGGCACCAGACCCCCGGGCUUGCAGCUGAAGUACAUGGUGGAUCCGGCUUUCCUGCGGCCUGGAGAGCAGCGCUGGUUCCUGCGGUACCUGGCCGAGCACAGCCUCCAGAUCGACGUCUGGGAUGGAGACUCCCUGCUCCACGUUGGGUCCGCUGCUGUUAAACUGGAGCCCCUGCUGCGCCAGGGCCAGGCGGCCGUCAGGACCUACCACGAGCUGGAGGUGGCCACGACCGAGUACGAGCCGGAGGGGCCGGUGCUGGGCCGGGAGGCGCUGCGGCACGGAGCCCUGCGGCCCCUCGGCGUCCACGUGGCUCUCAGGGGCCGCCUCCACCUCUGCCUGGCCAACAUCGGUCACCCGUGCGAGGAGAUCUCGGGGCAGCUGCCAUCCCACUCCCGCGUUGUCCCUGCACCAGACAGCACUGUCACCAUCCCAGCUGGCAGCUGGCGCUCCCUGAACGCUGGCAGUGGCGGGCGGACGGUGCGGGCGCGGAGGCUGGUGGACGUGGACGGCGAGCUGGAGGCCGCCCUGCGCAGUCGCCGGCCAGAGGUGAGCCUGACACCCCCCAGGGCACCUCCAGGCUGGCCGAAGCAGCGUGCCUGGGACCUGCAGGUCAUCAGCUCCUACCGGGAUCACAUCAAGGGCGAGAGCAUCUACCAGAUGCUCAGCCAGGCCAUCACGGCCACCCGCACUGUCCACGCCGUGCUGGGGACGGCCGAGUUCUUUGAGUUUGCCCUGAAGAACCCGUACAGCAUCCAGCACACCGUGACCAUCGAGGUCGACCACCCUGAGCUCAGUGUCAUACUGGACCCGAGGGAGUGGCGCCAUUUCAAGGAGCUGACCAAGAGUGUUACGCCAGUGGAGGAGGAGAUGUUCCAUCUCCGUGAUGACCUCAAGCCUCAGGUCUACCUGCGUCCCAGUGAGACUGUCCACAUCCCCUUCAAAUACCAGACCUUCUGCGCAGACCCUGCCGUCACUGCGGCACAGGGGCCAUCUGGGCUGGGCACCAGUGCCAAAACAGACACCCCCUCCCUUGGGAAGAGCGGGACCGGGCGGACUAAGCUCAUCCAGGUCUCCUUCCAGGUGAGCGGGGGGAAGCCCAUUGCACUCCUGCGGGUGAAGGUGGAGCCACAGCCCCACGUGGUGGACCAGACCUUCCGCUUCUACCACCCGGAGCUCACCUUCCUGAAGAAAACCAUUCGGCUGCCACCCUGGCACACCCUCCCUGGCACACCGGUGGGGGUACCAGGGGGACAGCCUGAGAUGUUUGUUCGUUGCAGCGACCCUGACAUCAUUUGCGAGACCAAAGCCUUGGGGCCUGGCGAGCCACAGGACAUCUUCCUCAAAGUAGCCGGAGGACCAAGUCCACAGAUCAAAAAGUUCUUUGUUGCUAUUUAUACGGACGCCUGGCUGGCAGCACCUGUCCAGAUCUGGCAGUUCUACCUGCACUCUCUGCAGCGCCUGGAUGUCACCUGCACGGCCGGGCAGCUCACCCGCCUGUCCCUGCUGCUGCGCGGCACCGCGGCCCCGCGGAGGGUGCGGGCCUUCACCUCCCACCCCCAGGAGCUGGAGGUGGAUCCGAACGGUGCCUUCCUUCUCCCCGCCCAUGGCAUCCAGGACCUCUAUAUUGGUGUGAGGCCGCGGCGGGCUGGCAGCAAGUUCAUCUACCUCAACCUGGUGGACGUGGAGUACCACCAGCUGGUGUCCUCCUGGCUGCUCUGCCUGUCCUGCAGGCAGCCCCUCAUCUCCAAGGCCUUUGAGAUCUCGCUGCCCGCGGGAGGUGGGAGAGGCUGCAACAAGCGCAUCACCUACACCAACCCCUACCCCUCGCCCCGGCUCUACUUCCUGUGCACCAACCGCCCCGACCUGCUGCAGUUCAAGGAGGACUCCUUUGAGGUGGCUGGAGGGGAAGUUUACACCAUCGGGCUGCGCUUCGCCCCGAGCCAGGCCGUGGGGGAGGAGGAGAUCCUGAUUCACAUCAAUGACCACGAGGACAAGAACGAGGAGACCUUCUGCGUGAAGGUCCUUUACCAGUGAGCUCCCCUGCCUGCCCGCCCUGGCAAAGCUGCUGGUUCCUGCGCCAGCUGUGGCCUCACCGGCAGCACGACCUUGGGGGUGCCCGUGUUGUCUGAAGGGGGGUGAUGAGCUUGGUCCCCUCGUGGUCACCUCGCCAAACCAGGGGUCUCUCUGUCACUGGGAUCCCCAGGCACUGCCGGGAGUGCUGGUGGUACCACACGGCUCCAUCCAUGGGAGAUGGAGCAGGGAGAGCAGAUGUGUUUGUUACAGCACUUUACAACCACAGGAUCUUUAUUUUUGUUAAACAUGAGAAUAUAUUAGGCACUUUGGAGUCUUUUUUUUAACUUAAAAAGUUUGCAGAUUUGAUUCUGCGGAAUAUUUUUAAAGUAUUUUGGACUGUAUAGUGAGUUUUGUACACACCGAAGUGGUUUUCUGGGAUUUUUGAUACUUUUUACUCACGCUUGACCCAUUAAAAUUGCUGUGCACAACUGGCAGAGUGCAGCAGCAUUUUCUUCAGGAGGAGGUGGAAAUCUGCAGUGUCCCUGUCUUGUAGAGGCGAGUGCUGGAGGUCCUCUGUGUCACCCCCAUUCCCUGGAGCAUCCUGGAGGUCAGGGCAGGGACUGUGGAUGGGAAUGGUGGGAAGGGCAGCCCACCACCCUGGAAAUGCUGCCUUGCUCUUCACGAAUUCACCCGAGGCUGGUGAAUCAGUGGCCCCAAUGAAGUCGGGUGCCGAGUUCCUCUGCCUCCCUCGCACUGAUGGGAAAUGACAGCUCAUAUUUUAGAACUGAUUAUACUGUCUGCGGCACAGGGAGGCCCUGAAGUUGUGUUAUUAAAGUAGAUUAGCUGAAUAAUUUUUAUUACAUUUUCACACAACGAUAUUUCUUGAGGCUUAUGAAUGAGCUGGUGCUGUACCCGCAGCAGAGGCAGCCUGAGUGGUGAAUGAUGUGCCAACACAGGGACUCGAGCUAAGCUGGUGCUCGUGUGGUGAGUGCUGCCUGCUCCCCUGCAGCACAGGACCGUGGCCCAAAAUCUAGAGAACUUAAGAAAAAGAAGGUUAAGAAAAGUUGAUAAAACUGUUCCUUUAGGAAGUGGAAGUGUUUUGUGUUCCAGCUGCUUGGCAUUACAGCCAGGGCCCUUGGAAGUGGUGCUGCUGCUGCCCACUGGAACAUGGGCACUGCUG